AUGGGGCUCAUCCAAAACUGUGUGACUUGUCUAUGCAGCCAAAAGCCGCCCUGUUAUGAAGAAGCGCUCUUUCUCAUCCACCAGUCAAGAGACGAAAAGUCUCUGGAUUGGCUGCUAACGCUCGCUGAUCCAUCUGCGGUUUGGAACGCUGCUUUAGGGAGUUACGACAUGGAUCUCGCACUCCUGGUUGCAGUGCAUUCCCAGAAAGAUCCCCAGGAAUAUCGCUCUCUGCUCCAACGUUAUCGCGAUAUGAAAGAAAGGAAAAAGAGAUAUUGUAUUGACGUGGAGCUGAAGCGAUGGGCAAGAGUGCUGAAAGACAUUUGCGAAUUGAUUAUGCAUUGCGACGAAAUUGAUGAGGAGUUGGGAGAUGAGAAUGUUUUGUGGAAGCAGGCGGUGCGUCUGAUGCGAGAAAAGAGUCUGGAGAAAGAGUUUCUCGACUCUUUUGCCAAUACACCUUAUAGCUCGCGUGCUCAUCAAUGCUAUGCCGAUUUGCUGAUGGAGAAGGGGAACUACGAAGUCGCUCUCAUCGAAUAUCAGGCGUGCAAUCCUCAGCCUGUCGAGUCUAUGAUGACGUGUGCUCUCCACUUGGGACGGAGCGAUCUCUACUUAACUUUGCUGUUUGCUAGCCAGAAGGAUUCUUCGAGCCGUACCUCUGCGAUUCGUCGGCUGUGCGAUGCGUUGCGCACUGGACCUUCAGAUCACAUCCGCCAGUGUGCACGUGUCUCGGUAGUAGUGCGGCACCUUUCUCAUUGA